AUGGCAUCCUUAAACAUCGGAUUGUCAACCUACCAUUCUAUCCAAGGACUGUUCUGUCGAAACAAAGACGAGAAGCUCCUGAGCAUCGAAGACCAUGCUCAUGUUAUCCGGGAAAUAUUCCAUACCAGCAAGCAAUGUUACGUAGGUCUUAUAAGCUGCCAGCCUAUUACGAGCGAGCAUCAAGCACUUGCAUUUCGUGAGUGGAUUGAGAUCUUUUUCCUCUUAAAUACUUCCCUCUGCCCUGAAUUACGCGGAGAACCCCAGCAUGACAUAGAGGCCCACAACUUAGCUGAGAGGAUUACCAAAUUAUUCGAAGAUUCAAUCCGGAAUACUGCAGCAUCGGACGAAUGGAUGGUCGAGGGUCGACAUCUUUUCUUCCGCCAGGUGUUGAGUUUUAUACUCCGAAAUGAAAGGCUACAGUUUGGUCUCCCCGCCUUCCCUUGCAAAUCUCCAAAUACUCGUAAGGUGGGAGGAAGUUAUCCAGACAUGGCGGAACGGAUUGCUCUCGAGACGCUUCGCACAUUCACCCGAGAUAUACAAACUAUUUACUCGCCUGGGGCGACACUCUGGAUCAUCAGCGAUGGUCAUGUCUUCGCAGACUGUAUCGGCGUAAAUGACGACAUGGUCUCAAUAUACGACGAAAACCUCAAGCAAGCAUACCAGAGCAUGUUCGACUCGAGAGAAGACCGUGAGGCAAUCCGUUUUCAAGGUCUGAAUGACAUGCUUCAGCUGAACGGCGGCUCUAUGCACCCCUUUUCUCAUAAUUGGACUGAAAAUAUGGACGUCUCCCAUCCAAUUGAGACGAAUCGUAGCAAAGAUGCUGAGCUCUCACGCAAAGUCAUGAUGGCAGCCUGUGGCAUUAGCAAAGACCACUUGCGCAAGCUGAUAUCUGCACAAGAUCCGGCUGUCCUGCAGUUGUACCGAGGCCAAUCUCGCUUUAUGCUGGAUGACUUAGCGACACCAGAGUUUUGCGUGAAGUCAACGAAGCAGAAAAAGAAGAUUGCGAGUGCUGUUGCUGCGGAAAUGAUAGCACGGAACCAGGCAUAUUCUAACCUGUUGGAAUUGCUACUACCGAACUACAUUCGCUUAUCCAUUCACGCCCACUCAAAUCGAGGACCAAAAUUUGGCAUCCGCCUCUUCCCCAUUCAUCGAGUACGUGCCAUUGACUCGGUCGAUAAUCGACACGAACUAGUACCGGCAUAUGAGUUUCAGCUUCCGACGCCGUGGCACAAUUGCAUCAUAAAAGUGGACGGAGACAAGAUGCUCUACCUGGGGAAGGCAGAAAUAGCCCGAGAGGCCAUUGCAAAUGGAGAAUAUCAGGGUGCAUGGGUGGAUGGGCCAGGGGGGGGCCACUUCGCACUCCAUUCCAAACGAACCGAACUUUUGGAAUACAAGACGAUCUCAGAGAGCACAACAGAGAUUGUGGAAGUCCCCGCGAAUGAUCUUUCAAAAAACCGAACAACACAUUCGUUCCACAUAUGGUGGUUCUACCCUUUUGUCGCUUCUUCGAUACGAUUCGUUCAUCGCAUUAUUCGAAUGCUGACAGGAAAUGGUUUCUCGUGGGAAGGGUCCAUUAAGGCUGAUGUGCAUGUUCCAUAACUGACGUUCACCCUAUUUACAAAUUUAGCGACUCGCGUUUGCUUGAAAAUUGUUGAGCAUAUCAAAGCAUCAGCUGGGAUAGGUAGUAAGCUUACAUGGUAC